AUGACAGAUCUCUGGAAUUUAGACACCUUGGGAAUUAAAGAUGAUUGUACGAAACGUACUCAAAUAGAAACCCAAGAGCUUGCCUUAGAACAUUUCAGAAAAACAGUUAGUAGGGACAGUACAGGAAGAUACAAGGUUAAUUUACCCUGGUUAGAUCAACACCCUCCUUUACUUGACAACAAAGAGUUAGCUCGAAAAAGACUCAAGCAUACAGUAAGGUCCCUAAAAUCGAAGAAUCGAUUAACAGAGUAUCAAGAGGUUUUUUACCAGUGGGAAAAAGAAGGCAUCAUUGAGGAAGUUGACCAAAAGAAAGCUGGUCCUGUGGGUCUGGGUACACAUUAUCUGCCUCAUAGAGCAGUGUUUAAAGACAAUUCCACCACUAAAGUGCGUCCUGUAUUCGAUGGAUCCGCUAAGACAAGAAAUUCCGUAUCAAUAAACGAAUGUGUUGAGAAAGGUCCCAACCUUAUUGAGCUGAUCCCCGCUAUUCUAAACCGAUUUAGGUGGGGAAAAAUCGGAGUUAUUUCGGAUAUCAAGCAGGCUUUUUUACAAAUAGCCUUAAAUGAUUCCGACAGAGACGUUCUACGAUUCCUAUGGUGGAAGGAAGGAGAUCCCCAAAAAGAAGUCACCUAUAGGCAUUGCCGGGUUGUGUUCGGCAUUUCGAGCUCCCCAUUUUUACUCUUAGCAGUUUUGAAUCAUGUUUUAGAUCAAGUAGAAGAGCCAUUUAAGACUGUUGCAAUGAAACUGAAAAAUUCAUUGUACGUUGAUAAUUGUGUUGCAAGCGUGGACUCGGUUGCUGAAUUGGAACAUUUUAGAACAGAAACUCAGAAAAUUCUAAAACCAGCUAAAUUUGAUUUACGUGGAUGGAAAAAUACUUUUCUUCUAUUUCAGGUAGAAAAACACUUUUCUACCUGA